AUGACUGAAGAGGUCGUACCUAAAGCAAGCGCUUACGGUAACGGUAUUGUAUCCUUCUUCCUUGUUUUAAUAGUGAUUUUUGGUAACUUAAGUAUCAUUGUCAUCUACGUGAAAUUUAAGAAAGUAAGAGACAUGAACAACACUGCCGUAACAUUACUAUCGUUUGGCGACUUUUUACGAGGAACCAUUGUCAUGCCAACGAAGAUUUUCAACCAAUUAACGCUUGCUAACUCACUAGCUGAACCAUUGUGUCAGUUGACAGCACUCACAAGCGCGUUUUCGUUUGUUUUUAACCCUAUGGUACUUGCAAUGAUAGCAAUUAUUCGUUAUUGUAAAAUUUCUCCGAACGUUAGUCGAACGUUUCUAAUCACGGAGAGGCGUUUUAACAUAGCUUGUUUCAUAAUCUUUAUGAUAUCUAUCGCCUUUGCUUGUUUACCUACAUGGGGCGUUGGUAUUUAUGAUUAUAGCAUUUACCAUGGCGUAUGUUUCACCGACUGGAGUCCAGAGAAUCGUGUGUUUCGUACAAUAUUUUAUAGCAUCGUGGUUGGCUUAGCUUUUCCAAUUCUUACUACGUGUUAUACCUUGUUGUUCGUUGAGCUAAGAAGACACAAGAACAACGUGUUGUCGAGUUACAACGUGAAUGGCAGUCAAAGUGAGAACUCCUUCACAGGUGUGGAAAUACCAAGAAAGCACACUGUCACGUUUAGGAAAAGUGAAUCAGGAGAACAUCAAAGAGUGAGAACUGUAUCUAAUCUCAGCAUCGAAGUAAACAUUCAGAACGAAAUACAAAGUCCAAUCAAAGAUGGUAGCAUUUCUAAAAAUGGUCCCACUGUUAUAACAACCAAUGAGAUUGCUGUUAUAGUUACAUCAGAGACGACCGUGUGCGACGCAUAUGAUCACAAUCGGUUAAAUAUGCAGAGACAAAGGGUAGCCAAACAUUUAUCCAAACAGGAAUACCAAGUCACAAAAUUAAUGAUAAUGAUUUUCAUAGCAUAUUGCGUAUGUUGGAUCCCUGCUGCUGUUGUUAAUAUCGCAGCUUUAGUCAACGUUAAAAACGUUCCAGUUCAUUGCUUUACUUUGUAUAAAAUAAAAAAAAGACGUGAUCUCAGAAUAAUACUAACAGCACGCAACAACGCAAAACAGAACAGCAAAACAGAAGUGGGUAUACGUCAUCUUGCGGCUGCAAACAAAGACACCGCACCGCAGGCCGCUUUUCAUACAGCAGCAUUUUUUUACCGUUUUGGGGAUUUUUAUCUUACGAGUUGA